CCGCCGAACCACCACUUCCACCCUUUCCCAGGUGGGCGGGGCUUCUUACGCCGCGAGCCACUUCGUCUCGCGCCCCCUCACUUUAACGCUGGGUCUUCACGAGAACAGAGGAGGCACAUCCGCCCGCUGCCGCUACUUCGUAGGCUGCUUCCACCAGACGGAGAUCCGCGUUGAAGUUCUGCUUUCAUGGAGAUAAACCUGAGUGGAGAGGAAACACCGUCGAGCAAAAUGACCAGAUGACAGCCGCUUACACACUUUAGCUAUGCUGACAUAGCAGCAGUCAAUUGUUGGCGCAACGACACAACUCCCUUCCUGCCCGCUGUCGACACAUCAUCCUCCCAGCCAUGUUGCUGAGGAGGAAGCUGUGCAUUGUUGUGGUGAUUACCGCCGUCCUAUUCUUCGCCAUGCGGGACAUGCACAGGCGCCCUGACCUGACGCCGCCAGUGACAGUGGCUAAACCCACCAUCCUCACCCCUGCCCCCCACAGAACGUCGACCCCUUCCAUCACCAAAGAGUCCAAGGAGAAACCUGAGGACAAUAAUGAGGUUGAACUGAAGUCUUGUGGGUGUCCUGAGUCCUGUGUUGCAGAUCUGGGAAAGUCAGAAUGGUUCAGCAAACGCUACGACCCCAACCAGCAGCCGGUCCUCCUGAGGAAAAACAACUUUACAGUUGACGCCCUAAAGUGGUGGCAGAGUCUUCAGCAGGCCAGUAGCGACCAGCCUCUGGAGAACGUUUUGUCCGACAUGUUCCGGGUCAUUUCCCCGCCCAAGUUGGACUUCAAGUCCGUCCCGACCCGUUGCUGGAGAUGUGCAGUGGUUGGAAACUCUGGCAACCUGCUAAAUUCUGGACAUGGCCAGCUGAUAGACUCCCACGACUUUGUGAUCCGGAUGAACAAGGCAAUGACUGUAGGGUUUGAAAAAGAUGUCGGGAAAAAUACGACGCAUCACUUCCUGUACCCAGAGAGCGCAGUGGACGUUAAACAUGGAGUCAGUCUGGUCCUGUUGCCGUUUAAACUGAAAGACCUGGAGUGGCUCACCAGCGCGUUGUCCACCGGCCACAUCAAAAGGACCUACAUGCCUGUUAAAAUCCGAGUUGAGGCUGAUAAAGAUAAGGUUCUGGUGGUGAACCCUGUGUUUUUUAAGUAUGUUCAUGAAUAUUGGACUGAGCAUCACGGCCGUUACCCGUCCACCGGCAUGCUCGCCCUUGUCUUUGCUCUGCACCUUUGUGACCAGGUGUCAGUGUUUGGUUAUGGAGCAGAUGAGCAGGGGGAAUGGCAUCACUACUGGGAGAGGAACCCCCAUGCCGGAGCCUUCAAGAAGACCGGCGUGCACCAUGCUGACUUUGAAAUCGACGUCAUUCAGCAGCUCGCCAAAGAAGGAAAGAUUAAAUUACACAUGUGAAAUGACACCACACACACACACACAUCUGCUGAAUGACAUGCUGAACUGCAGACCUGCUUACUGGUGAGCAGCAGUUAAUAAUAUAUAUUAUUAUAUAUAAUAUAAUAUAAUAAUUUGUUAUUGCUAGCUCACCAAUAUAGUUCCAACUGGACCCAUAGACCUGCAAACUAGCUCCUGGACCCCCACCAGGAUUUGGUUUGUUCUGAGGGGAUUUGUCCUCCUGGACAAGAAUUUUUUUUGUUUGUUUGUUUGUUUGUUUUUAAUAAAUCUUUUUUUUUUCUUUUUAAUAAGUCUGCUUUUCCUGUGGAUGAAGCCUUUUGGAGUAGGAUGAGCUCAGUCUGCCAGCUCCACACUGUGGAACUUCACGCUGGUUUGAAUGCGUUCCAGCUAAACUUGAACUAUAAUUUUUUAUGGGACCCUCCACUGCUCAAACAGACCGUCCUGUUGUCUGCAAGGAUCGACCUCCAAGUUUAGCUCAGAGCGGGGAAACAACCACAGACGUUGAAUAUUUAAUUUUUUUCUCUUUUUUUUAUAGAUUAGACAAAGACGUUUUUUUCAUCUAAGCACUUUGCUGUGAUGUGGAGACACCAGCUAGUUGCUUCUCUGUCCAUCUAUGCUUCCAGACAAAAUUGUUGAAUUACCAUUUGUAAUCCUGCCAUUUACUCACGUCUCAACGCAGACUGUCCUGACCAUGAGGACCGUGGAUCUGGGGCGACAGUUUAAGUUUUACACCAUGUGUAGAAGACAUUAUUUCACACUCUGCCUUGUCCAUGUUUAGCAGUGCAAAGACAAGCCUGGGGGAGGUUCUCAAAAUUUCAACUCAUAAAAAUGAGGAAGAUGGAGCAGUAGUUUUGAUUUGAAUCAAAACAAUCAGUGACCUUUGAGGGCUGUGCAUGAAUGAGUAAACAUAAAGUGCAAUUAAGACUUACAAAAAAGUAAUCCAAAAAUAUGCAAAUACAUGAUGCAUUAGAUCACAGCGUGCAGAGGACUGUGCCUUCUCCUCUGUCAGACCAUUACACAUCUUGUAUCAGAUUCAAUUUGGGGUUUAUUGGGGUUUCUUCUCCCUUUUUGAGUACAUUGCUACUCCAACCUCACCACAUGUGGUAAAGAUUCAUAGUAUGUGUGAGUCUGUGUCUGACCACAUCCACCGUCCUAUUAUUUCCCCGUUACCUUUUCUAAAAGUGAAGGAAAGAAUGUCUCUUUAAUGUCUCUUCAUCUUUAUGUUUGUGCAUAGUUGUAAACUUAAUGCAAUGAAUGGCAUGAAAUACUUUCAGAGAGUUCAUUCAUUUUGCUUUGUAAGUUGGUGGAUGUUCGACACUGUUGGAGAAUCCAACAAGCACUUUAUUUUAAUCAUACUAAAGUAAUCAUCAAUUCUAGAAGUAUUAUCUGGAGGCUGUUGCCGUGUUAUUAGCGUAGUUUUAAUGUACUUUUAUGUUAUGUAAUGUUUUAGUUUAAGUUGCCUCUCUUCAAAUGCUUGUGCUGAAUAUUGGAACUUAAACCGGGAACAUCUGCUGGUUGCUUUUACAGCGUUUGUUCACAGCUGCGAUGCUUCUCUUCCUGGAAUACCUUUUGCUCCUAAACAUGUAAAUGGGUUUACAAGGGCCUAAAUGUGCCAUAAAACCUCAGCCACUAAAUGACAGAGCAGCCAACGUUUGGAGUCACAAGCUAAGUUAAACACGUGGAUGGAACAUUUUGUGAUUUGCAGGCUAAGAAAUAAGGAAGUAGAAUAUAUUUACAAAAAAACUAAGGACAAUAUUUUGUAGUGAGCAAGUUAUUGAUUGAUUUUGUAUCAAUGAUCAUUACAAAAUCACGUGCAAUGUAAUUAUAUCUACACCUUGAGAUGCUGGAACAUGUGUGAGCCUUGUGCGGUGAUGAAAGAUUUAAAUAGCUUUGACUUCCAAACGGUAGCGACACCUAAUGGAUUUGUGCAGGAAAUGUGUUACAGACUAAAGCCUUCUGUUUUUCCAAAAGAGCUUUAUUUGUAUCAACUGUUCCCAACUAAUCUGUGGUUCGUGCAGGAUCAUCAUGAUACAGGAAAAGAAUCUUGCCCGAGAAUCAUCAGAUUUUCUUUUUCUAAUUACAAUAAUUCAUUGACCUUUUAUACGUUUUUUUGAUGGCACAUAGACUUUUUUUUAACUGUGAACAGAAUGGAUACAUGAAGUGAAACCUAAGUGCAGGGUUGCUGGUUUGGAGCAAAGUAAAUCAAAUCAAAUCACUGUUAACGUUUCAUUUUUGCUUUGUACCUGAUGCUCAAACAUUUUAAAAAUCUGAUGAGGAUGAUAAACAACUUCUUUAUUGUUCUAGUAGCUGCACCAGGAAUUGUAUGUUAUGUGGGAAAGACAGCUUAACCCUACAAAGUACAAGAUCUUUAUUUACACAUGUGCAGAUUAACUCAAAUGAAAGAGCUGUGAUCUAUUCAUUUAAAGUGGAUUGAUGUUAAGUGACCAAACAUCAUGCACGUUGACUUACAAGCUUUAAUUUAGCUCGCUGUGUUUAGACUGUUUGUGUUUUAUAAAAAUGUCAGUUUCAUUUUACAGUUGAUUCAUUCAUACAUAGAUGCCAAACAGACUGAAGCACUGUGACAUUUUAAUGAAAACAUAAACCUGCCACCAAAUAAAAAACAUUCAGCUUUGAA